AUGUCCACCAUCCUCAUCACCGGCAGCUCCCGCGGCCUCGGCCUCGAGCUCGUCCAGCAAUUCGCCGCCCUCCUCCCCGAGAACGGCCUUAUCAUCGCCGCCGCCCGGAACACCACUCCCGCGUUGGAGGAGGUCAUCGCGCGCGAGAAGGGCCGGGUGGCGUUCGUCGCGCUGGACAUCACCGACGAGGCCAGCGUCGUCCGGUCCGCGGAGGUGGUUCGGGGCGUAUUGGGCGAUCGUAAGCUCGAGAUCCUGGUCAAUUGCGCCGGGGUCAUUGGGGAGACGCAGGAGAAGGCUGGCUCCUCGGCGGACCUCGAUUUCACGCUCUCGGUGAACGUGACGGGCACGCAUACUGUCACCCGCUCGUACCUGCCGCUCAUGCAGGGUGCGCCGGUAAAAAAGGUUGUGAACAUCUCAAGCCAGUACGGCUCGAUGGCUCGCGCGCGCGCCAACGACUACGCCAAACUGCCGGCGUACAAGGUCAGCAAGGCGGCGCUGAAUGCGUUGACGGUGCAGUAUGCUCUGUCCUACGAGGCGGACGGGUUCGUGUUCAUGGCGGUGCAUCCGGGGUGGCUGCAAACCGAUAUGGGGGGCAGUGGGGCUGACCUCACCGUUUCCCAGGGCGCAAAGGCUGUGCUGGAGGUGAUUGUGGCGGCGGAUGAGAAGUCGAACGGGACGUUUAGGAAUAUUCAUGUGGAGGGUUCAGAGAUUUAUCGUGGGGAGGAGAUUCCUUGGUGA